AUGGACGAAAAGAGAUCCUCUGGGAGAGCAAAAAGACAAGCAAAAGUCUUGGAGGAAGGAUUCUGGGACUGCAGUGUGUGUACAUACAAAAAUUCUCCAGAAGCUUACAAAUGUGAGAUGUGUGACGUUAGAAAGGGAACUUCAACCAGAAAACCAAGAAUCAACCCACAGCUGGUAGCACAACAGAAGGCACAACAGUUUGUUGCACCUCCUAAAAAAGACAAAUCUCAUUCAUCAAAAAGGGAUAAAAGCUCAGAUAGCAGCUCUAGCCAUGUACCAAGGUUAAAGAACGUUGACAGAAGCCGCCCGUCACAUUUAUCGGUGACAGUGGGAAAUGUCACAGUAGUUGUCACUGAUUAUCAACCAAAACCAGACCCAAGAUCCUCCAACAGCCAUGUCAGCUCUGAUGCCAGUGACACAAACUCUCUGACAGCUCCGGAUCUCACUGACGAUUCUUCCAGGGACACAGGCACCACAUAA